CACUUCAGCCACCGCCUACACCCCGUGCCUCUCACCGCCGGGCACAAGCGGGAGGCGGCCGCGCUGCGAGCCGCUCUCGGGCAGCGGGAAGUGUAUUAAUCCCCCGAGGAGGGACGUUUCUGCCGCUGUCCUACUGAGCUCCCCGCGGGUUGCAUGACUCUUUGGCGAUGAACGCGGCCAGAAGUGGCUACCGGGUCUUCUCGGCCAACUCUACCGCAGCCUCCACCGAGCUGGCGAAGAAGAUCACGGAGCGUCUUGGUGCUGAGCUGGGGAAAUCUGUGGUGUACCAGGAAACCAAUGGAGAAACAAGAGUUGAAAUAAAAGAGUCUGUCCGUGGACAGGAUAUCUUCAUCAUACAGACAAUCCCCAGAGACGUGAAUACUGCUGUCAUGGAGCUGCUGAUCAUGGCCUAUGCACUGAAGACUUCCUGUGCUAGGAACAUCAUUGGAGUCAUCCCCUACUUCCCCUACAGCAAACAGAGCAAAAUGAGGAAGAGGGGCUCCAUAGUCUGCAAGCUGCUGGCUUCAAUGCUUGCCAAGGCAGGUUUAACACAUAUUAUCACUAUGGACCUUCACCAAAAGGAAAUCCAAGGCUUCUUCAGCUUUCCAGUAGACAACCUGAGAGCAUCCCCUUUCUUGCUUCAGUAUAUACAGGAAGAAAUUCCAGAUUACAGAAACGCAGUUAUUGUAGCCAAAUCUCCUGGUGCUGCUAAAAGGGCCCAGUCCUAUGCUGAGAGGCUGCGCCUGGGGCUGGCAGUGAUCCAUGGGGAGGCUCAGUGCACGGAGCAGGACAUGGAUGACGGGCGUCACUCCCCUCCCAUGCUCAAAAAUGCAACUGUGCAUCCUGGCCUGGAGCUGCCAUUGAUGAUGGCCAAGGAGAAACCGCCAAUAACUGUGGUUGGAGACGUUGGAGGAAGGAUUGCCAUCAUUGUGGAUGACAUCAUCGAUGACGUGGAAAGCUUUGUAGCUGCUGCAGAGAUCCUGAAAGAGCGUGGAGCCUACAAGAUUUUUGUGAUGGCUACUCAUGGGCUCCUGUCAGCAGAUGCCCCUCGUCUCAUAGAGGAAUCCUCCAUUGAUGAGGUGGUGGUGACCAACACUGUUCCUCACGAGGUGCAGAAGCUGCAGUGUCCCAAGAUAAAGACUGUGGAUAUCAGUUUGAUCCUCUCGGAGGCCAUCCGGCGGAUCCACAACGGCGAGUCCAUGGCUUAUCUCUUCCGCAACAUCACUGUCGAUGACUAGACCUGAGCCUGCCCCUGUCCUGGAUUCCACAAGAGAGGGAAAUCUGCAUGGAAAGGCAAUACCAUAAAACAUAGGCAUAACACAGCUGUUUAUUUUUGUAGGAGUGUUGAGGUUUUCAGGGUCUUGAGCCAUGAGAUCUAAUAGGAAAAAAAAAAAUCAACCUGACCAGCACUUUACAAGUCAAUAGAAGGGGCCACUGGCAAUGGGGGGAAUUACACCUUAAUUGAGAGAGAUGGAGAAAUGAGAUGGUGUUGAAUUUUUAAGUUCCUUUAAUGAUGGGGUUUUUUUUGUCUUUUUUUUUUAGUGUGUUUUCUCUUGCCCUGUAGGAGCAGAAAGAAAAGCUAAACAGAAGUAGCUGUCAGCUUAUGAGAAGGGAACAGGGACUGCUCAUUGCUGUGUGGGCAGUGAGAGCAGCCUUUGGGGUUGUUUCUGCCUGUGUCUCACCCCAGAGCAUGGAAGGGAAUGUUCAGGCUGUGCUGCUGCCAGAGCUGAGCCAACAGCAGCUCUGUGCCAGCUCAGUGGCCUCUCCUCUCCUGCACAGCAGAGCAGGGACUUUCAUCAAAGCUAAGUUAGCAGAACAUCCCGAAAGGACAGCUUAGGGCAACCCACUGGCAGGGCUGCUCCCAUCCCUGGGUCAGGGAGCUGGGAACAGGCUCACGUGUGUGUCCCAGCAGAGCAGGGAAUGCUAGAUAAUGUGUUGGCCUUUUCAUUUUGCGAGCUUUGGAUCAUUAUUGCUCUUCAGUGACAAGUCAUGUGAGGGUCUUGCUCCUCUCUGGAACACUUGUCUGCACUGCAAAACCAGGCACGAUUUUUGAAGUUGCCUGGGGCUGAGUUUGUGGCAGAGUCUUGUGGGGAAGGGAAGUUGGAACAAUAUCUGCUUCUAAUGCAGCUGUGCUCUCCAAAACACUAACACUGAACCUGCAAUAAAAAGUAUAAGACUUUUCA